GUGUAUCAAGAAACUUUCAAAAUAUUUAUAAUACGUAAAAAAUUUCAAAUAAACAUAAAUAAUAAGUUAUCAUUAUAGUUGUUAAUUAAUAAUUUAAUUACUAAUCAUUAAUUAUAAAAUGCUUAUACCCACACGCAGAUGAGAUACCUAGUUGAUAGUAUAAACGAUCUUUAAAAUUGUUCAAAUAAUUUUUUUUUAAUUAUCUAAUGCAGUUUAAAAAUUGGUUAAAAUAAUAUAAAAAGUUUCAUAAUUGUUUAGAAGCCAUUUAAUUUGCAAUUGAUCAUUAGGUUUAUAAAAACUAUUUUCAUAUUUUUCCAAUUUUCUAGCCAGCUCAUUAAGUUUAUUAAAAAAAUGUUUCCAACAAUUAUAACAGAGAAAGAGACUUCCAUUAUUCUCAGUUUGUGUAUCUUCGAACACCUCAAAAAAAAAAACUAUACCAGGAAACAAAACCCUAUAAUUUUUUUCAAAAAAAGAAAAAACAAUAAAAUCGACUAUGGCGGUGCUGAGAUUGUUGUCAGCGUUAGAUGUGGCGAGGAUACAGUUGUACCAUUUCAAGGCGAUUAUAAUCGCCGGAAUGAGUCUCUUCACCGACGCUUAUGACCUCUUCUGUAUAGCUCCGGUCUUGAAAAUGCUCGGCGAAAUCUAUUACCACGAAGACUCAAUCGGAACCCCUAUUCUCUCCACUUUUUACGCCAUCGCUCUUCUUGGCGCCGCCUUAGGUCAGCUCUUAGUCGGCUACUUAGGCGACCGACUAGGACGCAGACGUGUCUACGGUAUAUGUCUCAUGAUCAUGGUCUUGAGCUCCUUCGGCUGCGGUUUCUCCGUCUGCACCACUCGCAAGUCUUGCGUCAUGGCGAGUCUUGGCUUCUUCAGGUUCGCCCUCGGGCUUGGUAUCGGUGGAGACUACCCUCUCUCCGCCACGAUCAUGUCGGAGUUCGCUAAUAAACGGUCGCGUGGGACUUUUAUCUCUGCCGUGUUCUCCAUGCAGGGGCUAGGAAUCUUGAUGAGCUCCGCCGUUACGAUGUCUGUAUGCUCGGCGUUCAAGAACGCAGGAGAAAGGAGUUCAGAGAAAACUAGAGCAGAGGAAUCUGAUAUUGCAUGGAGGUUGAUUCUGAUGAUCGGUGCUAUUCCCGCUGCGUUAACGUUCUACUGGCGAAUGCGCAUGCCUGAAACCGCAAGAUAUACAGCACUAGUUGAGAAAAAUGCUUUCCAAGCAGAAAAAGACAUGCAAAAAGUCAUGUCCGUGUGCAAAGUAUCUCAAGUAGAAGAAGAUUUACCGGAAGAACCACCGUGUUCUUCUUCUUCCUCGUACAAACUCUUCUCUCGCCGUUUCUUCAGCCUCCACGGCCGUGACCUCUUCGCAGCCUCAGCCAAUUGGUUCCUAGUGGACGUUGUCUUCUAUACAAGCAACCUCCUCCUCUUUCAAAUCGUCAAUUUAUCCGACAAACCUGCCAGUAUCUCAAAUGUCUACGACUCUGCCUUCGAAGCAGCUAAGGUCGCAGCCAUCGUAGCCGCGUGCUCCACCAUCCCUGGUUACUGGUUCACGGUUUAUUUCAUCGACAGAGUUGGUCGUGUCAAGAUUCAGAUAAUGGGUUUUUUCUUUAUGGCCGUUGUGUACUUAGCCGCUGGCAUUCCGUACAGUUGGUAUCGGUCUGAUCAUGGUUAUACUAGUAAUAAAGGCUUUGUUGUCAUCUACGGGUUGAUCUUCUUCUUCAGCAACUUUGGUCCCAACACGACGACGUUUAUAAUCCCAGCUGAGCUUUUUCCAGCUAGGUUUAGGUCAACUUGCCAUGGGAUUUCCGGAGCUGCCGGUAAGCUUGGAGCUAUUGUUGGGACUGUUGGUUUCUUGUGGGGCACAAAACGCGACGAAGAGCACAAAGACGUUUUCCCUGACGUCAAACGAGUGAGAAUCGCGUUUUUGAUACUUGGAGGCGUUUGUAUCGCUGGAGUGCUGGUGACGUAUUUCUGCACGCGUGAAACUAUGGGUAGAUCCUUGGAAGAGAACGAAGAGGACGAGAUCAUAACAAGGAUGUCGUCUGCUGAUGAGUUACUUCCAAGACGACAGUGACUUUGAUACCACAAUACAAUCAAUCGUCUUUUGAUAAUUUCCUCUCUAAUUUUCCUUCGUUUCUUAUACUGGUUUGAUACUCACAUUCUCAUGUAAAUUUACUCGAAUUUUUCACUUUUAAACUUGGUCAUCAUUUUAUUCAAUUAAUGACAUCCGUUUUUCUGUUUUGAAUGAAGGUAAACUUUUAUAAAUCUUAAAACACUUAGAAAAGAAUGAUAGGAAAGUUAAUUGUGAGGCUAUGUGAUAUUAAAACCUGAUUAAGUAUGAAUCUCACUUGAUUUUUGUUGGGAAGGAAGUCAUCUUGUUGAUUCCACAUAAAUCUUCUUUGGCUUACGAGUCGAAUAAUUAAAUAAGUAAAAGCAUAUAUAUAUUCUUAAACUUACUGAAAAUUAUCAA